AUGAUGCUACGCGACACUCUCUUUGAGAAAAUCUCUUACACGGACUGGACGGAACCCAUGCAGCCCAAGAUCCAAGGCACACUCAAUCUGCAUAACUACUUCUCCCUCAUGCACCCGCUGGAUUUCUUCGUCAUCUGCUCCUCCAUCUCCGGCAUCUUCGGCUACCCAGGCCAGACGCAAUAUGCCGCUGCCAACACGUUCCAAGACGCCCUCGCCCGCCACCGUCGUAGUCAAGGCCUUAAGGGCGUGGCGAUUGACCUCGGUAUCAUGCGCGAUGUUGGCAUUCUAGCCGAGCAAGGAACAACCGGCAAACUCGCUGACUGGGAAGCCAUUCUGAGAAUCCGCGAAAAGCCCUUCCACGCGCUGAUUAAGAGCCUGAUCAACAGCGAGUGGAAAGGAGACUCAUAUCCUGCGCAGGUGUGUACCGGCCUCGGGACGGCAGAUGUCAUGGCCCGGUUCGGAUUGGAGCGGCCGGAGCAUUUCGGUGAUCCGCGAUUUGGCCCACUGAAUGUGCUGAGUAUUACAUCUUCGUCCUCGUCCACAGACCAAGACGCCUCAUCUGCUGCAUCAUCACCAUCCACACGUCUCGCUGCCAUAGCUACCUACGAUGAAGCCGUGCCCAUCAUUACGGAGGCACUCGUACACAAGAUGGCGGAGAUCUUGCAGAUGCCCUUGCCCGAGGUGGAUCCCGGUAGGUCAAUGUACCGCUAUGGAGUGGAUUCGCUGGUGGCACUGGAGGUCCGCAAUUGGAUUACUAGAGAGCUGCAGGCGAAUAUGGCGCUGUUGGAGAUUCUGGCAGCGGAGCCAAUGAAGGUGUUUGCGGGAAAGAUUGCGGAGAAGAAAGAACAAGAAUCAUAG